AUGCUCUAUAGAUUCAACCGUAAAAUAAUUAUUAUCGUUGGAGUCGUACUAUGGCUUGCAGCAGUAAUUGCCUCUAGUUUUGUACCUGCCAACGUAAGGCUGCCCUUUUUCUUUUUAUCUCAAAAACGAUCUAUUUCUUCACCAAUUUUAUUUCAGCUUUUCUGGCUAUUCCUCGUUUUACGCGGCGUUGUUGGUCUUGGUGAAGCCUCAUACUCAAAUGUGUGCCCAUCGAUGAUUUCCGACAUGUUCACUGGCACGGCUAGGAGUCGAAUGUAUAUGGUGUUUUACUUUGCCGUACCUGUGGGAAGGUUUGUUAGUGCUAAUUUCAAAUAA